UGGGCCGGGGGGAAUGAGGCAGCCGUGGCGGGCCAGCGGCCGAGCCGUGUAGCGGAGAAGCGGCUCCCCCUCCCUGCUUCCCUUGGCCGAGCCGGGGACGCGCGCGCGCGCCGCCGUCUGGAGCGGGCUCCCCACCCUCCACUCCCGCGACCCGCACCGCACCCCCACCCGGGCCCGGAGGAUGAUGAAGCUCAAGUCGAACCAGACUCGCACCUAUGACGGCGACGGCUACAAGAAGCGGGCCGCGUGCCUGUGUUUCCGCAGUGAGAGCGAGGAGGAGGUGUUACUGGUGAGCAGUAGUCGCCAUCCAGACCGCUGGAUUGUUCCUGGGGGAGGCAUGGAGCCCGAGGAGGAGCCGAGUGUGGCAGCAGCCCGUGAAGUCUGUGAGGAGGCUGGAGUAAAAGGGACAUUGGGAAGAUUAGUUGGAAUUUUUGAGAACCAGGAGAGGAAGCACAGAACGUAUGUCUAUGUGCUCAUUGUCACAGAAGUGCUGGAAGACUGGGAAGAUUCAGUUAACAUUGGAAGGAAGAGGGAAUGGUUUAAAAUAGAAGAUGCCAUAAAAGUGCUGCAGUAUCACAAACCAGUGCAGGCGUCGUAUUUUGAAACGUUGAGGCAAGGCUACUCAGCCAACAAUGGCACCCCAGUCGUGGCCACCACGUACUCGGUUUCUUCCCAGAGCUCGAUGCCAGGCAUCAGAUGACUGAAGACUUCGCGUAAGAGGAAUGGAAAUUGGAAACUAGACUGGAGUGCAGAUCUUCCCUCCCUUGCUCUUUUCACCUCUCCUCACAGGCCUCCUCUCCAAAUAAGGCAUGAUGGGCAGCAGAGAAAGGGGUUCUUGAUGGUGUUGCUGUUUGGUGUUAAGUGAUGGGCUUUUUCUUCUCUUUUUAUGGAGGGGGUGGGGGGUGGGUAUGUAAUUUGUAAGUACUUUUGUGCAUGAUCGGCCCCUCCCUUUUCACACCCCUGCAGUUGUCUAGAGAGACAGCCUUCCCUCUGCCUUGGAUUCUGAAGUGUUCCUGUUUGUCUCACCCCAGCCCUGGCCAGACGUUUUUCCUUUGAUUUUUAAUUUUUUUUUUUAUUAAAAGAUACCAAUAUGAGAUGAAACCUUUCAAGACUUUGUCCUAUAGUGCGCUGUUCAGUCCAGGAGGUUGGUCACUUCCACUGCAGGAUACAUUUAUCUACACAUUAUAUACUGGACAUAUAAUAUGUAAAUAAAUGACUUUUAGAAGAGGAAUUUAACUGUUUAAUUUUUCAAGGUUUUGUUUUGUUUUUUAAAUUCGGGGUGUUUCUGAAAUGGAGAGCCUCGCAGUUAAUUUCCCUUUUUUUUUUUUUUGAUGCUAGUGGCUAGGUAAGUUUCCCUGUCUUCUCCCUUUCCCCAGUCGCUGACUGUAGUUAUGUAGGGUACGGAAAGAGUUUAGCUGCCUUCAUAGCGCUCCCAGGACUAAUGGCCUUCUCGAAGCUGUGUUCCCAUGCCAAGAAAGACACAGGAAGAAACCUAUUUUCUUUUUAUUACCGAGCCAGGAGCAAAUGGCCUCAGCUCAGACCUGGAGAAACAAUGAUAGAAAUUGAAUUCCUCCCUACGUGUUGACAGUAGGGAUUUGAACUGGAUUCUUGGGAUUGCUAUCUAAAAAACUGGAGCAUCAAGCACUGUUUCUGUCCUGCAGCUUGGAAUUUUUUUCCAUAAUGCUACUUACCGCCGACAGUGGCCUCUCUCCUUGUGCAUCCAUGCCUUACACCGCGCUGCACUGGACAUUGUCCUUGUGCGGAAACAUCUGGCUGGCCUGGGCCAGUGCAGGUGUAUGGUCCCAUCCCCAUCCUGGGUGACCAUGUUAAGUUCCCAAAAAGUACACAGGAGGAAAAUUCAGGUGUCUGCUUAUCUUUGCAAUGUGACAGCAUUUGGAAUUGCACCAUGGAGCAUGCUCAAAAAUAGUAAACUUGUCUCCUGCUGAGACGCAAAAGGUCCAUCUUCUGCUGAGAAGUGGUAUGAGAGAAUGCUCGGUCCUUGACUAGAACAGCGACAUCAUUGCAUUGGCUCACUGCAAACUGUCGCGUUGGUUUUUGAUACAGGCUUCUUGCUGGCUUCAUUUGCCAGUUGUGUUGUUUAGUUGGGAAGUAAGCAGAAAAGGGUCUUGAGAUCGAGGGGUGGGUCUAGGAGGGGGACACUGGUCGAUCCCUGGCUUAGGACAGUGCUCUUGGUGGCAUCUCCUUUGUCAAAACAUAGCCAAGAUGUGAAAUUAAAAUCGUAGUUCUCUUUAUUUAAAAAUUCUAAUAAAUACUCAAACUUUGAAAAGCUUUCACUCUUCCCUCCCACUAAAAGUGAUGUAUAUAUACAUACAGAUAAGAGAUGUAGGCCUCUGUCACUCAGUGUUCAACAUUUUGGGGGGACAUCUUUCGGUGAACUUAAAAUUUUGCUGUCUGCUCUCAGUUUGUAUCUUCUCUCCCAGUCUUGAGACACAGAAUCAACAAGGAGUGCUCACAGUUUGCCUAGGAUACUGUCCUACCUCUGGGAAAGGAAUUCUGUCCCUAAGUAAGGGUCCCAGUGGACAGAAACAGCACCAUGGGAUUUGCUUCUAAAUACCAACUCACUGUUCACAUGGCCUACUCAGAAAUGAACAUACUGCUGCUUGUUGCCUGAUUGAGAGCAGUCUGAGUUUCUGUCCAUAUAAGUAAAGGAGAAAAGGUAAUAAAUUCAACCAAGCACUAAGUGGAAUCCAAAAAACACAUUCUUCCACCUAAAUUCUACCUUUAUGGUAUGGAUUGAAAGUACUUUGCAGGAAAAGAGACAGGACUCCUGAAAAGAGAAAUGCAGUGGUAAUAGUAAUUUGUGCAUUUUUUCAUGAUCUAGAGAUGUUUUUACUGGGCUGGUGUCACAACACAUUACCCUCCUGAGUCCAGUUUGGGUUGAUGUUGGCGUCUUUGGGUCAGGAAAGUGAACUGUGCCAAGAAGUAUUUUUCAGUGACAUGAAUGGAUCCUGUUAAUGCAGUUAACUGGGGAGAUUGUGCUGAUGCUUUCUUAACUGACAAAAAGAGGCUUUGUCCAACACCAGAAUUGCUGAAACUGGUGCUAUUUUCUGUUGCAGUGGGAUCCUGAUGAGCAGGGAUUGGUGUUUCUCCCUCCCUGGCACCAUUAACACCAUGGCUGUCUUCACUGGUGUGUAGUCAUAGCCCUUCUGUGAUAGAUUACUCAGAGCCCUGGUUGCAGUGGCCGUUACCCCUCUCCACAGAAAGCAAGGAGAAAACAGAAGAAAGCACAAAAAUGAUCCCACUCGCAGAGUCUUUCUGGGACACUGCUUUGCCGUGAAUUCUGCAAGUACUCACUUUAUUCGGGCUUGACACAAACAGCUUUUUGUGUACAGCGCAGAUAUAAAGUCUCACAGUGAAUUUGCCCGUCCUAGACUCUGGUUUAUUACUAGGCCAUCCAUCACAGUCCACCCUGCUCAGGAUAGAGAAAGACAGCAUUGGCUAUUUUAAAAUUAACUUUGUUUUUAGUUUAUCAAUUUGCAGCCACUGGGGAAGCAUCAGUGAGGUCAUGCCAUAUCUUUCUGGACUUAGGACUGUGUGUGUGUGUGUGUGUGUGUGUGUGUGAGAGAGAGAGAGAGAAGGGCUACGAGGGGUCAGCUGUAUUCGAUUUUUUUUGUAGCCUUCCAGAAUGGUGCAGCCCAUGAAACAGGAGUUUUGAUUUUUCUUGUAGCAAACCUGGCAGGAUGGGAAAGUUAAUAAAUUGACGGUUUUGUUUUUACAAGUGUCUGCUGCCCCAUCUGCCCUGCGGGGAGAGGGCUCCCGCACUGCUGAGUCUGAGCUGAGGCCAUCUGGAGGGAUCAAAGAGUGUGGGAGGAACACCCCUUGUGAGGCCGUGGAAGCCCCUCGAAAGUGGCUGCGCAAAAAAAAAAAAAAAAAAGAAAGUGGCUGCGCUGCAGGAUUUCCGCCCUCGGCAUGGUGCAGCGCAGCAGGCCUUGCCUCUCGCAGCCUCUAGGGAGCAGAGCGGGUCACUGCCCUCUGGGAGGCUUUUGCAGCAGUUUUGUAAAUGCGUUGCUACACAGUCAAGUUCCUUCGUGACACAAUUUCUGUUUUGAUGUUAGGAGUCAGUCCACGUAAGCUUAGACUUGUUGAGAAGAAAAAAAAAAAUCACCUUUUGUUUUGAAGAAAAAAAAUGUCCACGCAGAACCGUUCUUCCUCCUCCUCCUCCUUUCUCUUGCCCACGUACAGUGCUCCUUGGAGGCCCCCCUCCCCUCCAGGACCUGUGUAACCAGAGGAGUAAUCCGUCUCCCGCCAGACCCGGGUGUGCAUCUCACGUUGUACUGUACGUGCUCGUCAUUUCCACCCCAUGCUGGAGGAAUGCCUCUGUUGGUCUCCCCACCUGAUCUUUUUUUAAAACAGCUUAGCCUGAGCCUCAUUUCUUUUGGUUCACAAAAAGGAUUUAAUAACCACAGUGCGAUCUUUGCCGCAACUGUGUGAUUUUCAGUACUUCUGAAGUGUUCUCAAAGUCCAGCCUAGUUGAGAGAAAAUUUAGAAUUAGAAGAAAUACCUGGAGAAGUCGUCACAGGGGGCUGAAUUUUUGCCUUCAGGGAAAUGAGGAUUAGCUAUAAUUGAUAAUCAAGCCUCGUCCUGGUCCCUUCUGCAUUUCAGAAAAUAACGCACAUGUUUAUAACAAAUAGGAGACAAGUUAGCGCAAGAGGCUCUGGGGCAAGGAGAUUAUCUAAUGGUGAUUAUAUAAUGCAGCGGCUCUUGUGGUUCUUAUUCUUAAAACUCUAAAAGAGGUCAGACCUGAAGCGACACAGGUCAUGCUGCCCAGCUGAGGUGACAGCCAUUCCUUCUGAGCCCUGCUGGGAUGGAACCCAUUUCCCCAAGGCUUCCGGGCUGUGCAGCCGAUGUUGGUGACCUCAGUCUUGCUCCAUCCGGGCAGCCAUCUCACUUGGAGCAGGUGGGAAAGCAGCCCCAGGGUCAGCCUCUGUUCUCUGGGGUGAGCCUUGCAACAGACGUCACCUUCCCGAAAGAGCUGUUUUCCACGUCACUUUAGAUGUCACCCAAAGCAGACAUUUGAGAUGUUCAGGUAGUAAAUUGGGAAGCAUUGGCUGCAAUCCGUAAAAGCUACUAUUGUCUGUUGAUUAGGUGACUGGAGAUGACCCCAGGCCCUGGGAACCUGGAGGUUUUAGGCAGACUCUCAUUUGGAGGCCAGCAGCCCUUCUACUUCUGCCUCUACAAAGGCAGCUUUACAUUUUGACCACAUUUUUGCCGUAGCUGAUGACCUUUCAGGGAUGUGAGAAGCCUAAUCAGAACAUCCGAGAAAAUGAUACCCCUCGCCCUCAGAUUCAUCCAAUAGUUCAUCCUCCUAAUCCCCUUAGAAAUUAAUAAAUCAAAAGAGAAAGAAAGAAUGCCAUUUGGUGAGGAUUUGGACACACUGCUAGAGCUGAGGCUAGCAGCCGCACGAUUUUGUGAGUCUGCAAUAUGAAGCUUUCUAAGUCCCUGGAAGCUUUAUUUAUAGUGAAGAUUUGGUGAGCUUUCGUUGUCUGAGAAAAUGAGAUGGUCCCCUUGAAGGGGAGCUCACAGGCAAGCCACAUUAACUCACAAUUCACACCAGGGGGAUUUUGCUGGAGAAGAAAGCGCCUUUGGCCAAAAAAGCAAGAUUAAUAUCUAAAAGGUAGACAUGCAUUGCUUCUGUUCCUCCAGCAACCAGUUGUUUAAUCAUUAGCUCUAGGUUUCCUUCGGUUUACAUUCUCAGUUCUUAACCCCGCACAGAGGUCCCUAGAACACCAAAAAAGGCAUUUAAAACCCUAGGGAUUGGCUUUAUAAAAGAUCCAAAAGCAGCAGCGUUGUCAUUUUCCAGGUUUCUCGCCAUUUUGAUGUGCUGCCCAUCCUUCCACACACUCUGCAGCCAGGCCAGAUGUGAAGACUGUAUUCACUAACUUGUGGAACCUAAAUUCUAGUUCUGGAACAAUUACCUGCUAAAUUGCUUACUGCCUGUGGAAGUUAUCUGUGGGCUGUACCUUUCAGAGAACAUUUCAACAGUAUAGUAAAAUUGCUCUGGGCUUGAGGGCCCAGUCAGGCGUUUUAGAUCAAAACUGUAAGUCUUUGGGCCUCCUUAGGGAAAAAGCAAGAUGCCUAAAUCCCAGUGCUGGGCCUUGAGACCGUACUCCCCUCUCCCUAGUAUGGGGUGAAGUGGCACCCUCAGGAAAUCAUUUUUCCAGUGAGAUUACCUAUAAAUCCCUAGGGGAAGUAAUACCCAUAUGAACCUGUCUUUCUGAGCACUUUUAUGCCAACUUCAAAAUGGUAAGCUAAAGCAGCAAUGACUCCACGUAGCCUCUGUCACCCUCUUUAUCGUCCCGUUGGCGAGGUGGGGGGGAGCUUUUCAGGGUUAAACCUUGGUCUUUAACCUCUGUUGUGGAGAUGUGUCACUAACAAAUGAUCUAAAGAAGACCUCUAGUUUUUGUUUCCCGAGUCCAGUGGCAUAACAGAUAUGACUUAACUCCCGGGAACGUAGAGGCUGAUGAUGAUCAAGACACCCACGAACCAGAAAGAUCUGUCCCACAUAGAGCCUCCACAGGGAACAGAUCUGAAGUUAGGUUCUGGAGAACUUCCAAAGCGCUGAAAUGCAGGGAGGACUUGGAGGACCUUUGCUCAGCAAGCAGGUAGCUUGUGUUCCUCCCAAGAACACGAAGGAGCUCCGAAGGGAAUGGCCCGCAUUGAAGCCAUAGCGCGCAGACUCAGACCUUCCCUCUGCCACUUCUCACAUGGCUCGUGCACUCUUCGCUCAGAAUCCAAGGGGACCCUCCUCUCCAAAAUCUCAUUGGCUUCAGGUGUUUUGUUUAGCCUCUGAGAACCUCCCCCUUUCACUCCCACCUCCGGAUGGACAGAGAUGUGUUGCUCGGGGCACAGAUGCGUGAGUCCAGGGCCCAGCAGCACAGUGUUGUAUUUAGUGGUUAGAAAAACAGUCGGUCCACUCUGUUAACAGGAUGUGGUGCAGUUUUGUACACAUCAGGUCUGUUUUUAUUGUUUCAUGGUCUGAAAACCUUCAAGCUGGUUUAUCAUCCAAGAAAAGGCAGAUGGUUAGACUAAGUAACAUUUAGUUCAUAUCUCUGUCUUAGGAAAGGUAGCCGUCCGUUUGCUGUGUGCUUAAGGAAGUCAGGAGUAUUUGAGGAUGUUGGGAGCUGUUGUAAAAAUAAAGUGGCUCUGGCCUACCCAAGUGUAUCAGAAAGAGAGCGUGGAAGCCGGUUAGUAGCAUCUUUAAAUCUGCUCUGGCCAGCCCCUCCUUCAUCUCAAGGACCUUGUCUCUCCUCCUCUCCAGUGACCUUGGUAAGGGACGAGCUCUGAGGAGGCAGCGAGGCCCCAGCUCCUCUUUGCUCGGCUGCAGGAUGUGGCCUCCAAACAGUCUGAGGUUUUUUUAAGGGGUUUCCUCACCAUGAUUCCCUCCACGUCACUCACCUGCCGUCAGCAUCCGAAAAGGUUAAAAUCCCCGGGACCAUUCCAGUUCUAAAACAGAUGAACCAGAUGUGCUUCCUCCCCUUUUGCAAGUGUAUUGUCCAGAUGCAGUCUCCCUUUGGCCAAGUUUGACAGGUACUUCCAGGGAACCCCUUAAAUUGAGGCAAGGAGUCAAGAUGUUUUGAGUUUUCCCCCCAGAAGGCAGAGUCUUUGUCCCUUCCCCCUCAUGCCUCAUAUAUUUUAGCCAAGUCUCAAAAGGUCAAGUCUGGUAAUGUCUCCAGAACUGAGGUGAGAGCUGGGGUCCCAUACCCCCAGGGACCAGUCCCCUGGGGGAUCCCACAUGCUCAAACUAGAUUGUUCUGAUCCCACCGGAAGUUUGCUGCUGUCCCCGUCCGCUAGGGCCCCUCAGAAAGGAAACAACCUAGGCUUCCAGUCCUUCGGUGACCAGUCUACAGAGUGUGUAUCACCUGCGUGGGUGGUGUGCCUCCCACUUGUAGAAAGGGUAGAAAGUGGAACAUUCAGUGGGCUGAGUACUCACAUCCUCGGAGAGGUUGGCAGAAAUAACCCCAGUGAGUGCAAAACAAAACCGAGGAAACCAAGGAACCACAUUUGUACGGGAGGAGUUGGUUAUGGUCCUUUUACCUCUUGGGACCUGACGCUGCAGUAUGAAAGUGGGGUUUGGAAAAUCAUGCUUAGCCCAACCCAAAUGCAUUCCAGGACUUCGGAGCUUCCAGCCCAUGGGUGCAUGGUCUGUUCCCAUUUUUUGUUUGUUUCCAAAACAGCCUUGCUUGGUAUUGCAUGGAAAGUUCUGGUUUUCCUUCCUGCCCACUUGGGACCACCCACCCAGGCCUGGUCCCUUCCCCAGUAUCUUCACAGUACUCCUAGGAAGACCUGCGCAGUGCCCUUAGGAGCCGAGGGGAGUGGAAUUUGGUCUGGAGAAGGCAGCAGAAACUGAAUUUUCCUGUUUCCUCUUCUCAAGGAGGGUGUUUUUAGGCUUCCUUCACGCCUCUCUUUCCUGUGGGUACAGUCGGGUUGGGAGGAAGGGCUGAAAAGAAAAGGAAACGGGAUCCAGCCAGCCCAGGUUUGGGUCCGGGACAGGUGCACAGCUGAUGCUCUUCCACCCCCUUCAGUAGCAGGCCAGUCAUAUGUAACGAUUCUCCUUUACUAAAGCGUCUGCUUCUGUGGUGCUAGCAACAGAGGACAGACAGACCCCCUCCCCUGUGCUUUCCCUAAAGUUCCUCCAUCCCUGUAGCCCACUCCUUGUUGUAAAAACAAGUGCUUAAUCCUGUGAGCGUGCUAUUCCUUUCUAUGUGUUAAUCAGUUUCCUUCCAUUGGAGCUGUGUGGGAGGGAAGGGCAUUGGAAUUGUAGGUUGUAAUCUUGUGCCAACCAAUAAAAACCAGUAUUUCACACACA